AUGGCAAACGCCAUUGACUCCAGGCCAUCUUCGCCCAUCAAGUCAGUUGAGAUCAUCCCAUCUCCAUGCCGUUAUGAAGUUGACACAUGCAAAAGGCCUGUAGACCUCAUAGAACUGGCAAUCACUUCACAUGAUGAGACCAUGAUGAUGGAUACAAGCGGGUCCUCGUCAUCCAAGAAGCCUGUCGAUGUCGAUGAAACAAAGACCAGGUCUAAUGAAUCGAGCAAGAUGGAUGCCGGCGGGCAAUCGUCGUCUAAGAAGCUUGCUGAUUCCAUAGAUGAACUUGAGACCGAGUUCCAUGGGUCAAUUGAUGAGACCAAUUCCGAUGAGUCGGCUGAUGCGGGAGGACCCUCGUCUAAGAAGCUGGUGGAUCUCUCUGAUGAAACUGAGUCCACGUCCGAUGAGUCUAUUUUGACGGAUGGCUCGGAUGUGCCCGAGAUUAACCACAUUGCUGUCUCAUUGGGGAGAACUCUCACUUUCAAUGGGGCCAACAGUUUUUUCGGGUUCUUCUCCCCAACCUGGUCCUUCACAAAGGCUCAGGGCUGCGUGGCUCCUGAAGAGAGUGACGAUAACUACUCCGAUGAGACGCUGGUUGAACGCAAUGUGGUGCCUUCUGCUUACCGCAAGGGUAACGGCGUGGCUGAUCGCUCCAAAGAUGCUUUGGGUGAAUCCGAUGACGGAUCUGAUACUAGUCACUCUUGGGCUCUCGUACUCUAUGACCCAAAGCGAGGCGAGGACCACAAUCAGUUGGUCAACGCAACGUCUUCGGAGUCCAAAGCGCCUGUUGUCCGCAAACCAAAGUCACUGGCAGACAUUCCCGAAGAGCUUAUCAAUGAGGUCUUCAAGCUUUUGGACUCCAUUACAGACAUUAGCAGGCUCACGAGAGUGGGAAAAGUAUUCCAUCGCAUCGGGUUGCCUUACCUCUUUGAGGAUAUCACACUUGGUCACCAAGCACUUCGGUUCCCAUUCUCAGACUGCAAUAUUCACUCCUUCGUUAAUCUCAUUGCUCAUCACCCGGAGGUUCUAGAGUUCAUCGACAAAACCAACUCCCUGAGCAUUAACAACUUUCGAACUCACGGGUGUAAUAUUUGGCUGCACGAGCCCGUUCAAAACAUCCGCGAUCUGGUUUUGGCAUUGGAACAGAAGGAUCCACCUCUGGCCAGGGCUCUCUACCACCGGUUGGGGCGUUUCGACAAAUUCGAUGAGUUUGAUGGCGAGGACUGGGAGAAGAUUUGGAUGGCUAUCCUGGGUGUCUUGUUUCAUAAGACUAAGUGGAUCCAUCUCGAUUCCAUGGACGAUCCGAUCGUGGACGACGGCAGUGGCAGUAUUCAAUCCCACUCGGAUAUCUUCCGUGGAUUCCUUGUACCACCGGGUAUGCCGGAGACCGGGUUCUCCCUCAACCAGUACCAUGUGACUCAUUUGUCGCUGUCUGGUAGGGCCAUUGCUUCAACGCUCGGCCUCCUCUUCGAGUGUGGGCCAGGCCACGAAUUCCAAGCUCUUGUGUCUUUGACGAUUACAACGGACUCUUCCUUCGAGUUCCCUGAAACAGAGACCCGGGUGAAUCUAAAGCACCUCAAGCUCCAGCUUAUGACGGCAUAUGACUGUCCUGUACCUGAGAUGCUCUAUGGUUUUAAAGGCCUGGAAAGUUUCGAACUGUUCCUAGCCGAUGAAACAUACGGUUGGGGCAACAUCUCUGGCGUGCUCCAGAUGCACGAGAAGACGUUGAAGUGGCUCACUUUCGAUCAAUACCAUCAGGAUCGGCUGAUCCAAAAUCCCGCUAUCACCACCGGCUCACUCCUCGAGUUGGAGAAUCUCGAAGUCAUUGUCUCUACUGCGGAGUCUCUCAUGAUGAACCCCGAACGAGACAUUGCUUCAUUCACCGAAGAGGUUGUGCCCGCAUCCAUCAAGUGCAUCAGGUUGGAGCACCGCUCCAUCUUCGACGGGAUGCUCCUCCGGUUCAUUGCAAGCCAGCUUGGUGAGCUAACGAAGUUGAAGUACGUCAUUCUCGACUGGACUGGAUACUCGCCGAAGACCACCGAGCUCGAAGACAUCUUGACGCUCCAGCUGGCCGGCGUGCGAGUGAUCAGGGACAGGAGCUGGCCUGAUGGCUUGCGUGCCUACAAUGAGGGGUUCCCGAGACAAUACGAAGGGUAAAUCGUGGUCACGGAGACCUCACAGUAUGAGUAUGGAUUCUCUGUUGAAGCAGCAAUGAUAUGGGGAAUGGUUUGAGUUUGAGUUCGUGCGUGUUUAUGAGGGUAAAGUUCAUGGAGG